CACUUUAACUGUAUAUACAUAUGUCAAGGCACCCUUUAAAAUUAUGGACAGUCCCAAGGCACCCUUUAAAAUUAUGGACAGUCCCAAGGCACCCUUUAAAAUUAUGGACAGUCCCAAGGCACCCUUUAAAAUUAUGGACAGUCCUAAGGCACCCUUUAAAAUAAUGGACAGUCUUCAGGCACCACAUUCUAAAAUGGGGUGCUUCUAAGCUGUCCAUAAUUUUAAAAGGGCACCCCAUUCUAAAAUGUGAAAAACUAUUCUAAUAGUUUUAUAUGAUGCAGCACCCUUCACACA